AUGAGUAAUAAAGCUAUUUUCACUCCCAUCAAGGUCGGUAACAGCUUACUCCAACAUCGUGUCGUCCUUGCUCCUUUGACCCGACGCAGAGCUACUACUGAGGCCGUACCUACCGAUCUCCUUGUAGAAUACUACAAGCAAAGAACCAGUGAAGGUGGUCUUUUAAUUACUGAAGCCACCUUGAUCGAUUGCCUUGCUGGUGGAUUUCCUAAAGUUCCUGGUAUUUACCGCCAGGAGCAAAUCGAAGGCUGGAAGAAGGUCACUUCCACUGUUCAUGAAAAGAAAGGAACUAUUUUCCUGCAACUCUGGCACAAUGGCCGUGCUGCCUCAAAGUUAUUCAACCCCAACCAAGAACAAAUUGUCUCAGCAUCAGCUAUUGCCAUUACAGGUACACCUGUCCUUGGAGGCGAAUAUGAAGUUCCUCGUGCUCUUGAAGUCGAUGAAAUUAAAACGAUCGUUGAACAAUACAAGCGUGCUGCAUUAUACGCCAUCGAAGCUGGUUUUGAUGGUGUUGAAAUUCAUGGUUCCAACGGUUACCUCCUUGAUCAAUUUAUCAACUCGGGUAGCAACAAACGUACUGAUAACUAUGGUGGAUCUAUUGAGAACCGUAGUCGUUUUGCUCUUGAAGUUGUUGACGCUGUUGUUGAAGCUGUUGGUGCUGAGCGCGUUGCUAUUCGUUUCUCACCUGGUGGUAGCUUCCAAGACAUGCAAGAUGAUACUGUUGUCGAAACCUGGACUUAUUUGACCACCGAGAUUCAAAAGAGGCAUGCCAACUUGGCAUAUCUUCAUUUCAUUGAAGCUCGUUCCAAUUUCUUUGUAGACACUGAUGUGCCUGCUCCCGAUUCUCUUGAAACUUAUCGUAAAAUUUGGAAGGGUCCUUUUGUUACUGCUGGUGGGUUCUCUAACACCACUCAACAUGCAAUUAACUUAGCUGAAAAGACUGGUGAUUUGAUUGCCUUUGGUCGUGCAUUCAUUGCUAACCCUGAUCUUCCUGCUCGUCUUGCUAACGAUUGGGAAUUAAAUAAUUAUGAUAGAAGUUCCUUUUAUGGAGGUGAUGCUCAUGGAUAUACUGACUACCCUUUCUACGAUGAAACCAAGAGCUAA